CCCCACCCGACGAUGGCAACCCUGGUUUGAUCCAAUCAACUCCAUUCGAUCCAACACCUAACACAGUUUCCCGCACUAGCCUGAGAAGCAGUUUCCCCUCACUAACUGGAGAAGCAGCGCAUCCAAGAUGAUGUCAACUCUAGAUACACUCGACAUUGACAUCGGGAGCAAUCCAAAUGUCUUGUUCGGACAGCAAUUAAAUACUAAUGUGAAUAUAAAUAGUGAUGAAUAUGCACGGUGCAACCGGUGUGGUUAUGGCGGAUGUGAUGUUCGAUUUCUUAGUUGCGGCUGUACCCUACAUGCGUGAGUGACAUAAAGGAAGUGAUUUCUUGAAAGAAACGCAAGCUUUGCCCUUGAAGGCUUUUCACGUUGUGCUUUCCCCUUACCUUGUCCUUUGUUACCACGAACUCAAUUCGUUCCUCUUCAACACUUUCCGCAGGCGAUGCAUGGUACUCAACUCCGAUGGUCCCUUGAAGAACUGUCCCUCUUGUAGCCGCCCGGUUACCGGCAUGUCACUCUUCCCAAUGUCCUUUCGGGAGAUCGACGAGGCUCGCAAGAACAGCCAAAGCCUAGCGAACGCCAACCGCGGGAAGAACAGAAAGCGCAAGGGCGCGCCAGGACAAAUAAGUGACAUUGACACCGUGAAUGGUGUUUAUGUUUCUGAUCGUCGCACAGGUCGAUGGACAACAGAAGAAAUGGCCUACUGUGAUAAGCUGAUCGCAAAAUUUGAAUCUGGGGAACUUCCAAUAUCUUCGGGUCUCAAGUUGAACGAGUUCCUUGGAAACAUGUUGAAGUCCAAGCAGUCUCGUCUAACAAAAAAGAUGAAGAACGCGAAGUUGAGUUCGAGAACAUUCCAGCGUUGUGCACCCGGCAUCAUGGACAACAACGAGGUUCGAGAGUUUUCCGAACUCGAGGACUUGUUCUUUCAAUCCAUUCAAUGCCAACAGGAACGUGCAGAGAUCAAGUUCCACAUGCAGAGAGAAUGGCGCGAACAAUUUAGCCUCUACUGCUCUUCCGUUUCCCAACCCCUAGAUGCCGAUUCUUGGUUAAGCAGUGUGGAAGAAAUGGACAGACGAUCUUCGCACGCCAAGGAUGCUGCCAGGAUGGCGAAGCGAAAACUGAUGAUGGGUUUCGCACUUCGAACAGACAGCAUGAACCCCUGCAACGGAGUGAUUAUUGAGAAGACACCAUCUGAUCAGCGCAUUGCUCUCGGUACGCACGGUAUCGAAAACGAUAUCGAUGAACAGAAAGAGAUCCUUCAGCUCCUGACCGAAGAAGCAAAUCAGAUAGGUACCACUGACAUCAACGGAAAAAGCAGCCUUUUGCAUUCCGCUCCCUUCUUGGCGAAAGCCGUUGUCUACCUAAAAAGACACGAUGUGCCUUUUGAGCAUGUUGAGCUCUGGGUACCUUCCUUUGUCCCUCAGGCGAACGGACAAACCGCUGAUGGCGCCGCUUCUAACUGCCGCCUGUGUUUUGCUGGUAGUGCCACAGUGGACGAGGUAGUUGAGGAGGGUUCUAAAACAAAGAAACCCCUCUCUCAGCAAAGUCAAUUUAGUUUGCAAGCCUUCGGGGAUUACAGCCAAAAGUUUUCCUUCGAUGUUGGCUGUGGUCUGCCAGGACGCGUUUAUGAAAGUGGGCGUCCAACAUGGGAGCAGAGUGUUCAAAAUGCACCACACCAUCAUUUUGAACGCUGCGGGGGAGCUUUGCAGUGGGGUAUUAAGACCGUAUUGGGAAUUCCAAUUGCGAGUCCAAAUGUUGGGCGAAUCGUCGUGACACUGUAUUCGUUGCACGAUCGUCCCAAGGAUCAAGAUCUUGUCGGGCGAUUAUCGGAGGAAUUUACCAGAGUAAGUCAUCAUGUUUUCCAGUUCAGGUUCUCUUGUUUAUCUAUUCCAAACGACAAGAUAUCGCUAACGCGAAUUAUUGAUUGUUCAUUAUUUGCAUUACAGCUUCUACCUUCCCCAAAGUGGAAGCUGGUGGUUGAUAUCGGUGAACCUCCACCUCAACCGCAGCAAGUCGGAUCCACAGGGACAGGGUCAUCCGCUGACAUGAACGGAGUGGACAAGGGCUCAGAAACCGUAAAGGAUGACACUGGGCGUGAUCCACGUAUAGACGAUGUUGUCUCUCUUCUUGGAGAGCUCAUGCCGUCAGAUCCAAACUCUCCAUUAGCACCUUAUCUCUCGGGAUUCAUGUCCUUGAGAUUGCUUUUGCUUCGAUCUUCUCGAUCACCAGAGGAAGAAGAUCGAGCACGUACUAUGCUUGAUUCGUACACAUCCUACUCACAGGGUGCUAGAUCAAAGGCGGAUAUAGGGAUCAUGUUGGCCCGCGACUACAUGUUCCUAUCACAGAGCAAUGGCGCCACCAAUAACACAAUUCAACAACCACAACAACAACAUCCAAUCCAACUUCAACAGCAACAAGCCAAUUUUUUUAAUCUUGGGCAGGGUAGCUCUGCAACUCUGUCCGGCAAUUCUCUCGAGUUUGAUGUUCACAAUUCACCUAUGCUUGGCCCCAUCUCUGCCAAUGACACUUUAUCUAUCAUCUCGAACUAAUUUUUUUGAUGACGAGUCUUCACCAGUUUUCAACUCGAGCAUUUUUAUUUUGCUUUGUGAUACAUCAUCCAUUUUCCAUCCAUUUAUCGAUUCAACAUUUUAAUUUCGUGUUGGCCAAUUUUACAACAAUCCAUCUCACAAACGGUUACGAAGUGUUACGAGAAAUUUUAUUUAUAAUUUUACAUCUGAACUUUCAAUUUUUCCUUUCAGAUGAUCAAUUGAUGUACUAAUUUUAACGAACAAACAAAUAAAUCCAAUUUUAUUUU